UCAUCCACACAGCACGAACCGGAAAACUUUAAUGAAUUGUCUGAGAUACCGAAAAUACCCCCAUUGUUUACUGAAAUGUACGUCACAAUCCCAUUCCUAUAAACGCUUCCUCUUCUUCAAUUUUUCUGGAAUCCGCUCUCUAAAAUCCUCGAGCUUCUGGUGAAAAUGUCGAAUAUCGGAACUUCAAAGGGAGUACUGGAGAUUGCCAAGUUCGGGCUCUACGUCUCCAUCCCCAUUGUUCUUAUGUACACUUUUGCUAACAACAGUAAGAAUAUCCAGAGAUUCAUGGGAAAUCGUUCUUAUGUAGUAUAUCCACCAGAGGCGCCGAGGCCUCCGUCUCCAGAGGAAAUGAGGGAGAUGGCACGGGAACUAGCUAGGAAGAACAAUUCGCGUUGAUGAUCUGAUGAUUCGGUGGGUGUUGUAACUUGUAAGUGUUGCUCUGUGGCAAAUACUAUGUUUUCAUUCAGAUUUCAAAUAAAAAAAAGUGGUUAUGAUAAGGGGUACUGAGUGGAUCGCCUUGUCAAGUGCAGUGUGGCCUGAUGUUGACAAUGGAUUGGCACCUUUGUUUGUAAAAUAUGAAUCUGAGAAUGCCCCCAUUUUCAUUUGAGCUUGCAAUGUAAUCGGUCAUGUUCUAAUUUAGAAGUUCAAACGCAGCCUGCCAAUUUUAUGUUAAAGCUUUAUCUGUAUGUAUGAAAGAGUUUGAAGUUUUGAUACCUUAAAUGCAUGUACGGAUUCGAAAGUGACCAAAUACUUAUUUAGCUGUCAUCUUCUCUA